CUCGCAUAAUCUGUCUUCAGCUGAACAUUUACCGACGGUUGAAUGCCGGUUAAACAUGUAUAAAAGCAUAGGAUGGCUCCAAUUGUGGUGUUUAAAACUCCAGGAUUUUGGCACUGCAAUAGUUUGGUAAAGGUUCUGAAGACAGGUAGCGCGCAUUGUGGUAUUCACAUCGAACGUUAUACGUGGUUUAAUUUCACCGGUAGUAACACCAUCUACACUCCACCAACGCCAAGUUCGGCUUGGCUGAAAAUCUAUGUAAAUGUGACUAAAACAAGAAAGUGUUUUAAGCGUAGUUAUUUUAUUGAUGAAUUAUGUUGUUGAAGUAAGUAACAAAACCUUUUUAUUACUUCACGGUUAAUUUGUGGCAUUUGCUAAAAAUAGCAUUAGAAUAGAAUCAACCACUGCUUAACUUUAUAUAAUUCGGAAACCUACGAGACAGUAGUCUAUCUUAUGUAGAUAAUUCCCGGCACUCGAUAUGGAAACUUAUUUCGAUACAAAAUAUAAAAAGGUUUCGUGACGCCGUAGCUGUCGUGACGGAGUACAAAUUGUACUGUCAGUUAUUAAUGGUAGUUGAAAUCGUCCACCUGCCAGCGUUAUACAUUAUCUGGUAACUCGAUUUACCACCAUCCAACCGUUGUCUCGAUAAGUUAUUCCAAUAUUACUUCGAUUGAGCUUCGAACGUGCUCUGUGCUAUGUUGUUUGAGGGAUUAGUGGAACCGCCGGCGUUUUGGGGCCGUAAUGAUAUCAGCAUGUGACCUAGCGAAGGAAUAUUGCGUUAUGGUGACGACGAACGCGGCGCUAACCCGUCACCAGUCACAGCACUAAAUUGGCUUCCACAUGACACUGCAAGGGCUUCCGAUCUAAAAGCGGGCAGCGAAGGGGCUUCCUGCGGGAUAUUGCUCGAAGAAUGAGUGGACGGGGUCAAGAAACGUUUCUCGUUCGGUACACACAGCGGAAGAAGUAUACAGCCACACUCAGUGACACUGAAGGCUAUCACAAGAACCGCCGGCCCAGGCGCCGGACUACAGGGGGAACUGACAUUGGUGAUCAUGUCGAAAAAGCUAAGAUGACAGGAUUCUCGAGUGAAGUGGAAGGUCCACAUGGUGGCACUUUAAAUAGACAACAAAUCAUUGCUAUGGUCAAGCAAAGGUUUGGCUUGCGACCAGAGGAGAUGAGGACUGUCACCCAGACAACUUCAGUCUCGGAGGAGGCGCCCCCGGCUAUACCGCCCCUCCCCCCGUCACCAUCCUCACCCAAACAAAAGCGAUACGAGGAGCUCCUCGAAAAACCGGGUGCUUACCCCACCCUUCCACGGAAAGAAGAGACGCCCCAUCCCGUCAACACUCCAGGCGUGGUGUAUCUACAGCUUGGAGACGAGAUCAAGCGUGCCAUGAUACCAAAAAACCUCGAUGGGGUCGAUGAAGUUCGCGGUCUAUUCAAAAGCGCGUUCACCGAGAAAUACCAGAACGAAGUUAACAAUAACAGCAAACGAAAGACUAUCUACAUCAAAGACCCCACGUGUGGGAUUUUCUACGAACUUGACGAUGUCAGUGAUUUGUCCAACAAGUCCCACUUGAAGAUCCUAGACACACCGCCGGCCAAACCCGCGCCACCCGUGGCGCCCAAACCACACGCGACUCAUGUGACUAAACAGCUCACUAGCACGCCAUUACCGAACCACAGUCACGUGGUGCCGAGCGACUCCAUAAAAGGAGGGGAUUACAAGUGGACUAGCACGGUGACAGAGACACGCGUUGUCGACAGCAAACCCGUGUCAGUGACCCACACCGCCGUAUCCCAGGGUUCUUUGAUGGACAAGAAAAAGGUGCCGCUGCCCGGAUUGGGGGCUCAGCUCAAGCCACACGAGAAGAGGGCGCAUUACGACCCGAUGGAACAGCAGCUCGAUAAACUAACCACCAUGCUUCAAGACGCACUUAACACCUCGGAAAGCAUGGACAACAUGCCGUCCCGUGGGGUGGACGGUAGUGCAUCUAGCUCUCAGAGCAGCUUUGUGGAUCACGGCCCAGCGGCAGAAGGUAAUAUCCCGUACGCCAUGUGGAGCGACAGGGGUCGAAUGCGGAGUGAUUCGGGUACCGAGUCCAUGUCAGAUACAUCGCCUACACCCCCAGAAGUCAAACCCAAGCCUCCACCCCGUAUGUCAAGUCACGGGGUCUCCAGGGAGUCGUCGGUGAAAUACAGCCAGACGUUACAGCGUGAGCCACCACAGCCACCCCAGCGAAGUGUCCCGUAUCAUUACGGCACUCUACCGCUGGCCACGUCCUCGCCAAGACACAUGCCACAGAGGACGUUAUCCGCUGACUCACCCGCGGCUAGUCUCGCGGGCUCGUCAACUCUUCCAGUAGGAGCGAAAGUUAAAUUCCAGGGUGUCGAGGCGAAGCCAGGCGUGAACCAGCAGGAGCUUGCGCACCGAGCGAGAGAAUUAAAGAGUAAUGUGGUGACGCUCAAGUCAGAGCUUGGUCAGCUGAAGCAACUACACACCUUCCAGGCCAAGUCUUUCGAGGAGUUGAUGUCGAACGCCAAGGAACACAUCCUUUCUUCCAUGAUGAAACUGACUUCCGGUAAUAAGCCCGAACGGAUGAUUUUAGCCUGUUCGCGUUGUCUAGAUGUUUCUAACGCUGCUUUGCGCGGAGCUGGGAAGGAACUUAGGCAAGGAUAUCUUUUGGCUAGUCCAAAUGCAGAUAAUCCAGGCCGGGCUGAUCAAAACCGAAUUCGCACGGAGGAGAUGACCUAUGUCCGAGCCAAAAACGACAUAAACAGAUCCAUAAGUGAGCUGGAGAGUGAAGUAGAAAUGGUGCGGCUAGACGUCAUCCAGAGACGACACAUCAGCAACAAGGCGGAGAUCGAGAGCUUGAACAACCAGCUGGCCAUCAUCAGCAGACAGAUCGCUGAUCUAAAAAGUCAAUACGCCGAUCUGCAUGAUAGUAUGAAAGCUGUGAUGGCAUCAGAACUCGACACCAUAGUACAGGGUGACAAAUUCUUGAAAGAGGAGCCCUCGAAACUGGAUAACCUCGUAAGCAGAUGCAAACACGUGACUGGCACGUUAUUUACUUUGCAAAAACUUAUUGCUGCUCAGGAUCAAAUGAAGAGCGAAAGCCAACUAUCUUUCAGUUCUCUAGAUGACGUUGAUAAGGAACUGCUGGACAGUAUACGAUCGUCACACCUCACCAAACCGACCAGCCCACCUGUCGCCCAAGAGGACCCAAGAAGUAGUCGAGGGCGCCCUCGUGUCCGAUUUAACGAUCAAGUCGACUAUGGUCGCUAAAUCUCACAGUAGAGCGAGCGGCUCCUUCGAUACGUGCAAGCCCUUGCGUGACUCUUUACCAGUGAGCGAGCGGCACGCAGGACACGUGACAAGAUUUGCGUGGCUUCUCACUUUUCCAGUGAGCGAGCGGCACGUAGGACACGUGACAAGACUUUGCAUGACGCUUCUCACUCUCAGAGCGAAGGUGCGACAAGGUUUUGCGUGACGUUUUUAUCUAAUGUCGCGUGAAAAGUAACGCAACACCAAUUUCAUAUCUGGAGGGAUAUAAAGAGAAGCAGUCGGUUAUUGGUAUAGACAUGCUGAUAAAAUGGCGGACCAACUAAUUCUUGGCCUCUCGGGAAAAGCAUCCCGCCAAACACUGCGUAAUAUGGGCUUUUUAUUAUUAUUAUUUUUUUUAUUCGGGAGUCCUUUUAGUUUCUCCAGCACUAGGGGGCCACCAUUCUCGCGUCUUAUUUUCACUUAAUGCUUAGAAAGAGCGAAAAUAUUUGAACCGGCUUAGGAGAGCUUGACAAAGCCGGCUAUCGGUUGCGCUGUGGUUACUGUGUGCAAGGCAAGCAUGUUCACACUAAAUGCAACUUUGUGUGAACUAUAUGCAAGGAGCGACUGUAUAGAUUGUAAAAAAAAUAAGGUACGAGCCAUGCCUUAACUUCAUUUUAGAGGUUUUUAUUGAGAUGAUGUUAUGUUAUUUGUUUUAAGAAAUUGAUUAAACUAUGUGGACAUUUCUA